CCUGUUCUGACCUGCUUAGCAGGUUCCCAGGUUUCUGCCUUCGUUGUUGGCCACGGCGUGGGAAGCAGCUCUGGGGGAGCUCAGGGCUCCCGAUCACGGCUUCUUGGGGGUAGCCACGGCUGGGUGGGUAGAACCGGGGCCUGGGUCCCCUAGUGGAGACCCAAGUGGGAGAGGCAGGUACUUCAGUGCCUGGGGACUGCGUGACCUCCUGCCUUCUGGGUCAGAGCCUUACACAGCUCCAGAACCGGCUCCCAGGGAGAACUCCGUGGAACUCCAGAAUCACUGGGCAGGUCUGUCUUUCAGCCAAUGCCCCUGUCCCUGGGAGCCGAGAUGUGGGGCCCUGAAGCCUGGCUGCUGCUGGUGUUCCUGGCAUCGUUUACAGGCCGAUGCUCCGCGGGAGAGCUGGAGACCUCAGACUUAGUGACCGUGGUGCUGGGCCAGGACGCAAAACUGCCCUGCUUCUACCGAGGGGCUCCUGAUGAGCAGGUGGGGCAGGUGGCAUGGGCUCGGGUGGACCCAAACGAGGGCACCCGGGAUCUGGCCCUACUGCACUCCAAAUACGGGCUUCAUGUAAGCGCCGCCUAUGAGGACCGCGUGGAGCAGCCACCGCCCCCACGGGACCCUCUGGAUGGCUCCGUCCUCCUGCGCAAUGCUGUGCAAGCGGAUGAAGGCGAGUACGAAUGCAGAGUCAGCACCUUCCCAGCGGGCAGCUUUCAGGCACGGGUGAAGCUUCGUGUUCUGGUGCCUCCCCUGCCUUCACUGAACCCUGGCCCACCCCUAGAAGAAGGCCAGGGCCUGACGUUGGCAGCCUCUUGCACUGCUGAGGGCAGCCCAGCUCCCAGUGUGACCUGGGACACAGAGGUCAAAGGCACACAGUCCAGUCGCUCCUUCAAGCACUCCCGCUCAGCUGCUGUUACCUCAGAGUUUCACCUGGUGCCUAGCCGGAGCAUGAAUGGGCAGCCACUCACCUGUGUGGUGUCUCACCCCGGCCUUCUUCAGGACCAAAGGAUCACCCACACCCUCCAAGUGGCCUUCCUUGCAGAGGCCUCUGUGAGGGGUCUUGAGGACCAAAACUUGUGGCAUGUUGGCCGAGAAGGAGCUACACUCAAAUGCCUCAGUGAAGGACAGCCCCCUCCCUCAUACAACUGGACACGGCUGGAUGGACCUCUGCCUAGCGGGGUGCGAGUAAAAGGGGACACUCUGGGCUUUCCCCCGCUGACUUCCGAGCACAGUGGCAUCUACGUCUGCCAUGUCAGUAAUGAACUCUCUUCGAGGGAUUCUCAGGUCACCGUGGAAGUUCUUGACCCUCAGGAUCCAGGGAAGCAGGUGGACCUGGUGUCGGCCUCAGUGGUGGUAGUGGGUGUGAUUGCUGCACUCCUGUUCCUCCUCCUGGUGGUGGUGGUGGUACUCAUGUCCCGAUACCAUCGACGAAAAGCACAGCAGAUGACCCAGAAAUAUGAGGAGGAGCUGACCUUGACCAGGGAGAACUCCAUCCGGAGGCUGCAUUCUCAUCACACGGACCCUAGGAGCCAGCCGGAGGAGAGUGUAGGGCUGAGAGCCGAGGGCCACCCCGAUAGUCUCAAGGACAACAGUAGCUGCUCUGUGAUGGUGAGGCCCCCCGGCCCCACCGGUGUCCCCAACACUCUCCUCAGGCCCCUCUCCUGGUCCCAGAGUGAAGAGCCAGAGGGCCGCAGCUACUCCACACUGACCACAGUGAGAGAGAUCGAGACACAGACCGAACUGCUUUCUCCAAGCUCUGGGCGGACAGAGGACGAUGACGAUCAGGAUGAAGGCAUCAAACAGGCCAUGAACCAUUUUGUUCAGGAGAAUGGGACCCUGAGGGCCAAACCCACAGGCAACGGAAUCUACAUCAACGGGCGAGGCCACUUGGUCUGACCCAGGCCUGCCGCCUCCCUCCCCGAGGCCUGGCUUCUUCUGCUUGCGCGGGGGAUUUCAGCUCUUCUUAGGGGGAACCUCCUUAAGUGCCUGCAUUUCUUUAGGAAGACGCUUCCCACCCUACUGACUGCUCCACUUUUACCUCCAAUCCUUCUGUGUGCACCAGGAGGGCUCCACUGGUUGAGUGCCUCCCACCAUUGUGUGUAGGUCAUUGUGUGUGUGUGUGUGUGUGUGUGUGUGUGUGUGACCUCUGCCUGCGCAUGCAGGUGUUUUCCUCAGACCCCAGAGCAGUAUUAGCGAUGCAGAGGUUGGAAGUGAGAGGCGGAGACUGCGGGCCAGAUCCAGGUGUGCGGGCACAGCUGGAGCUAGAAUCUGACCUCCAAAGCGGGGAGCUGUGUUCCCACCCCUUGGGAGCGAGCGUGAAGCAGACAUCCAGGGGUCUGCCAGAGGCCUGAACUAUCACAGAAACCCUCUACCCUCUGGUGGCCUGUAGGGCCUGCUGCAUGUACAUACCUUCUGUAAAUUAUCCUCCAAGGGGGCAUCCUGAGUUUUGCUCAGACUCCUUUAGUAAGAGAAACUUAAAAAACCAACCAACCAAAAAAAAAAAAAAAAAAAAUAGGUAUUUUUUUGAUUCAUGUGCAUGCUUUUUACUGGGCUUGUUUAAGCAAGGCCAGCCUACAGAGGCAUUCAACAAAACUGUUCAGCAGACCCCACAGUGAGGGUUAAUUCCUGUGGGUCUGGAAAGUUUUCCUCCUAGGGCACCUUCACCCAAAGAGGCCCUGGGGGAACUGACAGCUGGUGGAGUCUGGAACUUGGGGUGUAAGGUAUAAACACUGGGAGAGGAGGCUAGGGAUGGGGUGCUUGGCUCCCAUGGCCCCUUCAGUCUUCCCCUAGUUGUGUCUUCCAGUAAGUUUGUGCCGUCACAGAGUUGGGACUUGGUGUCAGGGUUUCUGGUUCAGUUGGGUUGAGGGCAGAGGGUAGCAGGAAGGUGUAAGUUCAAGUGAGGAGAAAGGGGUGCUGUGGGUGAGGGGGGGAACAGCUCCUUUCACAGGGGUUUCUGAGCCAUUAAUCUGGGGGCUCUUCUGGUACUUUGUAUGUGUGGCACCUAGGGUUAGAUGUUUUUCUUUGGUCUGCCCAAACCUAUGCAGCUAGAAUACUGCGAUUUAGUAUCCAAACCUUGUGUGGCCUGAAAUCCGCUGGCCUAAAGGAGAGGCUCUCAUUCCAUUCCCCAAGCAACCCAGGACUUGUGGGCCCCGAGUAUCUGGGAUCCUAGUGUGUAUAUUUAAUGUAAAUAUAUGUAUAUUUGUAGAUAAAAUGAUACUCUGUUUUUAAAUAAACAGAUAAAACCUU